CUCUCUCUCAACACUACAAGUACUACUACUGCAUAAAAAGAUUCCAUUCCUUCUUUUUCUAUCCACCAAAAUCUCACAUUGCAUGUAACAAAAAAAACUCAAAAGUGCUUUGCUCUAAUCAACUUUCUUCAUAACAGUUCUCUUCCCAAAACCUCAUGGCUUCAGACCUUAGAAUCACCAUUGAAAGAAAUCCUUCUCAGUCACGUUUGGCUGAAUUGAACAUCAAGUGCUGGCCCAAAUGGGGUUGUUCUCCAGGAAAGUACCAAUUGAAAUUUGAUGCAGAAGAAACAUGUUAUUUAUUGAAAGGGAAAGUGAAAGCAUACACAAAAGGGUCAUCAGAUUUUGUAGAGUUUGGAGCUGGAGACCUUGUCACCAUUCCAAAAGGACUCAGUUGUACUUGGGAUGUUUCUGUAGCUGUUGACAAGUACUACAAAUUUGAAUCAUCUUCUUCAUCAUCAUCAUCUUCACCAUCUUGUUAAUUACUAUUAAUGUUGUAUUGAAAUUUAAUUAAAAUUAUAUAUAUAAUUCACUGAAAUUUUGUUGUAUUUUUGAGAUAUGCCUCUGACAUGAAGAAGAGAUAAUUUAUUAUAGUCAAAGAUAGAGAAAAGAAAUCAGUCAAAUGCAUGUUAUGUUCAAACCAACCAAACCCAUACGUGUAAAAAUUUAAAACGCCGCUUUUAUUGUUCCUUUGACUGGUCAACGAUAUGGAU